AUGGGACGGCCUACAACUAAAUCCGUCGCGCGGAUUUAUCCCGACGUCAACAGCCGGCUUGGGCCGUCAUGGUACGAGUACGAUAACCUUCAAGUGCAAUGGGGUUCCCAGGACCACUACGAGAUUGUGAGGAAGGUGUUCGAGGGCAUCAACAUCUUGAGCGAGGAAAAGUGUAUCAUCAAGGUGCUCAAGCCCGUGAAGAAGAAGAAGAUAAAGCGUGAGAUCAAGAUCCUCCAAAACCUCGCUGGUGGCCCCAAUAUCGUCGCCCUCCUGGACGUCGUCCGAGACCCUUCGUCCAAAAUCCCCUCUCUCAUCACAGAAUACGUCCAUAAUGUCGACUUCAAGCUCCUAUACCCCCGUUUCACCGAUUACGAUGUUCGUUUCUACAUGUAUGAACUGCUCAAGGCCCUGGACUACUGCCACUCCAAGGGCAUAAUGCACCGUGAUGUGAAGCCGCACAAUGUAAUGAUAGACCAUGAAAGGCGGAAGUUGCGCCUGAUCGACUGGGGUCUGGCCGAGUUUUACCACCCAAAGACGGCGUACAAUGUCCGAGUGGCGUCGCGUUACUUCAAGGGUCCAGAAUUGUUGGUGGACUUCCAGGAGUACGAUUACAGCUUGGACAUGUGGAGCUAUGGCUGUAUGUUCGCGUCUAUGAUUUUCAGGAAGGAGCCAUUCUUCCACGGCCACGACAACUAUGAUCAACUCGUCAAGAUCACCAAGGUGCUGGGCACCGAGGGAUUGUAUCAGUACAUAGACAAGUACGACAUCGCGCUUGACCCGCAAUACGACGACCUCCUUGGCAACUACCCGAAGAAGGCGUGGGCGCGGUUCACGACGUCAGAGAACCAACGGUAUAUCUCGAACGAGGCGAUUGACCUGCUGGAUCGGCUCCUGCGCUACGACCACCAGGAACGUCUGACUGCGCGCGAGGCGCAAGGCCACCCGUACUUCGAUCCGGUGCGGAACGCGACGGUGCAGGAGAACGGAGGAAGUGCGUCGUAG